AUGAAGUCUCGGCUGUCCAUCCUCGCCCUCGCCGGCACGCUCCUCCGCUCCUCGGUGGCCCAGUUCCCCCCGCGGCCCGAAGGAGUCACGGUGCUGCAAUCCAAGUUCGGUCAAGGCAUCGAGAUCAGCUACAAAGAGCCCGGUCUCUGUGAGGAGACCAAGGGCGUCAAGUCCUACGCCGGGUACAUCAAGCUCCCGCCCGGAACCCUCGAAGGCGUCGGCCAGGAGCAGGACUAUGAGAUCAACACCUUCUUCUGGUUCUUCGAGGCCAAAGAAGAUGCCCAGAACGCUCCCCUGUCCAUCUGGAUGAACGGCGGGCCGGGUAGUUCGUCGAUGCCCGGCAUCUUCAACGAGAACGGCCCGUGCUACAUCAACAAAGACUCCAACUCGACCCGGCCGAGCGAGUGGUCUUGGAACAACAAAGUCAACAUGCUGUACAUCGACCAGCCGGUCCAAGUUGGUUUCUCGUACGACUCGCUGCGCAACGUCACCGUCGACCUCUUCAGCGGCACCCAGACGCUCAACGCGUCCAGCCCCGUCCCGCCGCAGAACGUGACCUUCAGGACGGGGACCCUGCCCAGCGGGAACAGAAACACCACGAGCUGGGGGAGCCGCAACGCCGCCAUCGCGCUGUGGCACUUCUCCCAGGUCUGGUUCCAGGAGUUCCCCGGCUACCACCCCAACGACAGCCGCAUCAGCAUCGCGACGCAGUCGUACGGCGGCCGGUACGGCCCCGCGUUCGCCGCCUACUUCCAGGAGCAGAACGAGAAGAUCAGGAACGGCACCUGGAACGGCACCGCGGGCGAGAAGUACGUCCUGAAGCUCGACACCCUCCUCAUCGUCAACGGGUGCGUCGACCGCCAGGUCCAGUGGCCGUCGUACCCGCGCAUGGCCUUCAACAACACGUACGGCAUCUCGACGGUCAACGAGACGGUGUACCGGGGCAUGGUCGACGCGUACGGCAGGGAGGGCGGGUGCCGCGACCAGAUCGACGACUGCCGCAAGGUCUCGGCGGCCUACGACCGGGACAACACGGGCGUCAACGCCACGGUGAACGGCAUCUGCCAGGCGGCCGAGUCGUACUGCACGCGGUACGUCCGCGACCCGUACCUCGAAUUCUCCGGCCGCGACUACUACGACGUCACCCAGGUCGACCCGACGCCGUUCCCGCCCCCGUUCACGUCGGGCUACCUCAACCGGCCGCACGUGCAGUCCGCGCUCGGCGUGCCGCUGAACUGGACGGGCAGCUCGGGCGCGUCGGCGGCCGCCUUCCGCGGCAUCGGGGACUACCCGCGCCCCGGCUGGCUCGAGGACCUGGCCCACCUGCUGCACAGCGGCGUCAAGGUCACCCUCAUGUACGGCGACCGCGACUUCGCGUGCAACUGGAUGGGCGGCGAGGACGUCGCGCUCGCGAUCCCCUGGGCCGACCAGAAGAGCUUCGCCGCCGCGGGCUACGCGGCCCUCCAGACGAACUGCACCUACGAGGGCGGCCGGGUCCGGCAGUACGGGAACCUGUCCUACGUCCGCGUGUACCAGGCCGGGCACGCCGUGCCGGCCUACCAGCCCGAGUCGGCGUACCGCAUCUUCAACCGCGCCCUGUCCAACAGGGACAUCGCCACCGGCAGCGUCGACACGGCGCAGAACCAGACGUACGCCACGCAGGGGCCCGCCGACACGUCCGCCAUCAAGAGCGAGGUGCCGCCGCAGUACGACGACUUUUGCUACGUGCUCGACACGAGCACCUGCAGCCCGGAGCAGGUCGCGGCGCUCCGCGCGGGGACCGCCGUCAUCGAGAACUACAUCAUGAUCGAGCCCGCGAGCGAGCGGGGCGCUGCCCCGGGAAUCAAGGCGAGGGACAUGUAA